UUUAUUUUCAUCGAUUCCAAAUCCAAACAGAGACCCCUAAUAAUCUGGUUGGAAUCAAACUCGAUUAAAAUCUCCCUUAGUUCAAAUAGGGGACGCCCUUAAAGUUGACCAAUUGAAUUGGUGUUGUAUUUCUAUGGAAAGGAACAACCGUUCGCAUGCGUCGAAGUAAGACGCAACUGUGUGCCGAUCGCAGGAACUUCGCUGUCUUCGUUUUCAGAUAUGGCUGGGGGUUUGGGUUGGCGCGGACCGACUGUCGCACUCGUCAUCCUUGUGGCCCUAACAUGCACUCUUGUCGGCGCCGAUACUGAGGCUGAGUUCGUCAGAUCCGAUUGUCAGGAUUUUUCCACCGAAUUGAAAAGUCUCAAGUCUAAGAUCCGUACUUUGGAAUCAUACGUUGAAGAGAAGGGUCAAGAACUGAAUGGAAAGGAUCAGGCGAUUCUCGACAAGGAGAACACCAUAAAAGUGAAAUCAGAUAGAAUCGCGUCAUUGCAAGCAGAAAUUUCUUCUCUGCAGAAAAAAGGGUCAUUGGAUGCUCACGAUCAGGUUGGAAAAGCACAAGCACGAGCUGAUCUUUUAGAAAAACAGGCUGAGAGCUGUCAAAAGGAAAUUGAGUUGAAGAAUGAUCAGAAUAAAGAGCUUGAAGCCCAGAAAAUUGUAACAAAGAAGCAACUGUCUGAAUCAAAUGAAAAAAUACUGACACUUCAGAAUAUCAUCCUUGAGCAAAAGGCUAAAUUACAAAAAACUGAGCGGGCUCUUCAAGUUGCUGAGGAGGAAAUGGUGAGAGCACGCUCUGACGCCUCCACAAAAACAAGAGAGCUAGUGGAGGUACAUGGUGCUUGGCUUCCACCUUGGCUUGCAGUUCAUUUAAUACACUACCAGGCGUUAUGGGAGAAGCACUGGCAGGAAAACAUAAAACCUGCUAUGAAUGUAGUGCUUCAAAAGGCCAUUGAGAAAAAGGCCCAGACUGAAGCAUGGACUGCACCUCACUUGGAAACAAUCAGAACUAAAUGGUUCCCGUGUGUGAAAGAACAAUGCCUUUUAAUGGCUACAUAUGUUGAACCACAUCUUCACUCUCUAAAGACAAAAGUUCUUGAAACGUAUGCAAGCUCCAAGGACGCAGUUACCCCACAUGUACUCAAGGUUCAGGAAAUUGCAAACCCCUAUUUUCAGCACAUUCGGAAAUUCAGCAAGCCAUACAUUGACCAGCUAGCCUCUACAACGAGACCUCACGUGGAAAAAGCACGUCUUGCUGCAAAACCGUACACAAAGAAGGCAGUUCAUGUUUAUAGAAAAUUCCUAGAGUCUGCCACCACAUACCACCAUCAGCUUCAAAGCAAUGUUCAAGACACACUGAAGAGACAUGAAUGCACGAGUCCUUUUGCGACAAAGGAGCUUAUCUGGUUUGCUGCCUCUGCUAUGCUGGCUUUGCCAAUCUUUCUUUUGUUCAAAGUUUUCUCUGCCAUUUUCCGGGCUAAACCAUCCAAUAGAAGUGGUAGCACACACCGUUCCCGUCGUAGGGCAAAACGUGGACAUCAAUCAGAGAAAUAAGGGAGUUGUUGGAUGUUUGUUUGAAAGUCACAUGUAUGAGGUUUAUUUAUUAUAGUACUUGUCUAAUACUAUAUUUCUAAUAUGUAAUGAUUAUUAUCAUACAUAUUUCCGAAUUUUGUUUAAACCUCCCUGGUUUAAGUUUUUUUAAAUUAUCAUUUCUUGCAGACUUGCUUGAACCUUGAAUACAUAUCCCAUACAUUUCCUGUUCGUCUGAACUUCCACCAGUGUCAAUUGUCAUUUCAUCCAUGAAGUGGCAGUUUGGUAACUUAUUGAGUUUCAUGCCAUUGCUUCAACCACUCAUGGAAGCACAUGAGCGUCUCCAGAGAUUAUGCUCUCAAUAUCGUUUUAUAAUUGAUUAGUCUGUUGUUGGAUUCAUUGAACUCUUGUUCCACAUCAACCUUUGAUACAUUCAUCAAACUCUUGGUUUCACUAAACUCUUGUUCUACCGCAACCUCUGAAACUAGCAUUGACAAUAUUGUUUUGCCAUUUUUUGAUAAAAUGCGAAACAUUCCUUGUUUCUCUUUCCACCAGUGGAGAAAGUCAAACUCCCCCUACUUCAUACUUAACCAGAACUGUUACAUAUAAAGAAAGCUCAUUAAUUGAGCUUUGUGCAACAUGAGUAGAUUAUUAUUUUUCCAGAAAGAUUAGAUAUUAGGCAUGGC